CUAGAACGCAGCUUCAGACUUCAGUGGUAACGGUAACUGAUUUCAUUGUUGCCUUGCCUUUAAUUCGGUCAAUGUUGACGUCUGGUGUCAAAAGAAAGUAGAUAAUCAAGAAAUUGUAGUUUGUUUUGUCCAUUUUAUAUUCCUAUUACAACUUUUUAUAUGAAUUACUAGAAAGAGAAUAGAAAAUGUUGAAAUCAGUAAAAGUCAUCCUGUGCUCUUCUGCAGUAAAAUAUCAAUUUGCUGUUUCAUGUUAUUCAUCCAAAGCAUGUCCUUCUAUAGCUGUGGUUCUCUCUGGAUGCGGGGUCAACGAUGGGACUGAGGUUCAUGAGGCCAGUGCUGUUCUAUCCCAUAUCACCAGGAAUAGAGCCGUGCCUCACAUGUUUGCUCCAGACAUUCCUCAGGCAGAUAUCAUCAAUCAUCUUGAAUGCAAACCCGACACAACUCACUGCCGCAACGUAUUGGUGGAAUCUGCCAGGAUCGCUCGAGGUCAGAUUCUCCCUCUGUCCGAGUUGGUCAGGAACCCGGAGCAAUAUGAUGCGGUAGUCUUCCCUGGAGGUUUUGGGGCUGCCAAGAACUUAUGCGACUUUGCAGUGAAGGGAGCGGAAUGUUCUGUGUUACCAGACGUGAAGGAAGUGAUCCAACAGUUCCAUGGCUGCAAGAAGCCCAUCGGACUCACGUGUAUAGCUCCAAUAUUGGCUGCCCGAAUCUUGUGUGGUGUGAACAUCACACUGGGACAAAACUCCUGUGAUGAAGAGAAGUGGCCGUACAGAGAUGCUAUCAAAGCAGCUGAGCAGAUGGGAGCUAUCGUGGAGAAUAAAGUGAGUGGACAAGCUGCGUUGUUCCUAAUUAAUUAUAAGUAAAGCUGUACAUUUAAAUCAAAAGAUUUGCUAUGUAGUCACUUAAACAUUUCAAAAAAACUGGAAAAUUAUUAAAAAUGUAACUGCAUGUAUUGGAAAACAGAUAAACUUUUUAAUUUUUUUGAGGUUUAGAUAAGAACUUCUUAUAAAAGUUCACCUGUUAUUCUUUACUCAUUAAAAAUUUGAAAUUUAUCAAUUCA